AAUUUGUGCGGGCUCAGUGCUGCAAUUACAACCAGCGAGGCGUCCCCUGCACACCAACUAUUGGCAGGAUCAAUCGAAUUGCAUGCGUUCGAGCAGUGCCACCGAGUAAUGAUGCUCCUGCGCCAGGUGCGCUGGUUCGGCGCCAAUGGCCGGCGCGCACUCGAAGCGCUACAAAAGACGAGCGCACUCGAUUGGCAGUUCAGCCGCGCGUCGGGCCCCGGCGGCCAGCACGUGAACAAGGUCAACACGCGCGCGGAGCUGCGGCUCGACCUCGACCGCGCUACUGAUACAGCGGCGCUCCCGCGCGACGUGGCCGACCGGCUCACCAAGCACUUGACCAAAGAGCGCGUCGUCGUCGUAUCGGCGCAGACGGCGCGCACGCAGAAGGGCAACCGCGAGGCGUGCGAGGCCAAGCUCGCGGAGUUGUUGGAGGAGGCGUGGGCGCCGCCCAAGGCGCGGAAACAGCGGGAGGGCAUCUCGAGGGACGGCAAGCGCGCGCGCACGGCCGACAAGCGGCGCCGGCGGGACGUCAAGUCCAACCGCGGGCGCGUCGACUACUUCUCCACGAGCGCUUCGCCAACGACGCUCGCCGACAAGCGCUUGAACAGCGCAAAAGAGCUCGCAGCGCUAUCCGAGGUCGUCGCGGCGGAAACGCUGCGCCAGCAGCUCGCGAGCGGGGCGCUGCCGACUCAAACCUCGUCGGCGCCGCCGCUCGACGCGGACCAAACGAGACUCGUCGUCGACGCGGGCCUGGCGACGUUUCAUUUACACGUCGAGGCGCGGAUCGCGGCUUACUGCGGCGAGGGCUUCUACACGAUCGGUCCCUGCGGCGAAGAGCUGCUGGGCGCCGUCGGACUCGUGCUCGAAGACGGCGACGGCGCGGCCCUGCACUACCGGCACCUCGCCACGAACGUCGUGCGCUCGCUCCGACGCGGCGACGCGCUCGAAGACCUGCUCCUGGCCAGGGCGCGGGGCUACGUCGUCUCGGGCGCGGACCCGGCCUGUGGUGGGGUCCAUUGUUGUGUCGGCGGCGGUCAUAAUGAUUGGCUCGUCACGUCGACGCUCGCGAGCCAGGCGCCGCGCGCCGUCGGCCGCGCGCUCGCCGACGCCUUCAAGCCGCGGCGACGACGUGAGCGUCGCGUCGAGUACGUGUCCGUGGGCGACGGCAGCGUGAACAACGCCCACUUUCUGAGCGCGGUUAAUUUUGCCGAAUAUUGCUCCCACCGCGGCGCCGGCAUGCCGGUCGUCUUCGGCGUCGCCGACAAUGACGCGUCGAUCUCGCUGGCGGGCCACGGCUGGCUCCCCAAAUUCAUUGAGCAGCGCCUGGGCGGCUGCAAGGUUUUUUGCUGUGACGGCGCGGAUGGGUCCGACGUCUUUCGCGCGGCAUCGGAAGCGUUCGCGUACGCGCGCCAGGAGCAACGCCCGGCCGUGCUCGUCUUCCAACACCUCCCCCGCCGCUUCGGCCACGCGGCCACGGACCGCCAGGACGCUUACCUCUCGCCGACGGAAAUCGAAGGCCGCCGCGCGCGCGAUCCGCUCGCCGGCUUCAUCGGCGACGCCGUCGAGCGGGGCGUGCUGGACGCGGCGACCGUCGCGGCGCGCAACGACGAGAUCGCGCGCGCGGCGCGAAAUGCCUUCGACGCGGCCGCGGCCGAGCCGAAGCUCGACGACCGCGCGGCCCUUAUCCAACGCGUCGCCGCGCCGCUCGCGCCCGUGCCGCCGACGCCGGCCGCAACAACCGGGAAAAAAGACGUGCUCCGGAAGCAUGCGACGCGCGUUUUAGAUGAACUGCUAUCAAAACAUGAGGACGUCGUCUACAUAGGAGAGGACGUCGAGCACGGCGGCUACUACCUCGUGAGCGAGGGCCUCAAGGCCAAGCACGGGCGGCGCGUGCGCGAUUUUCCGCCCGACGAAACGGCUCUGUUGGGCGCGGCGGCGGGCCUGGCGCAGCGCGGGCUCGUACCGAUUGUCGAGGUGCCGUACGCUAAAUAUUUGGACUGUGGCUUCCCGUGUGGGAUCAACCACGUCGCGUCGAUGCCGAAAUUUGAUUUCCACACAGGUGGCUUCGACCAGUUCGCCGAGAUCGCCGUCAUGCACUGGUUGAGUAAUGGGCGGCAGCCCAACGGUAUGGUGAUUCGCAUGCAGGGCUUCGACCGGGGCUUAUUUGGCGGCAACUUCCACACGCACAACUGGCUGCCCUUACUGCCGGGCGUGGACGUGGUCGCGACGUCGACCGGGCGGGAGUAUGUGAAAGCCAUGCGCCACGCCGUACGCCAGGCGCGCGCGGGCCGCGUGGUGAUGGUGGUCGACGCCACGUAUCUGCUGAACCUGCGUCACGUCCACGGUCGCGAUGAAGCGUGGUUGACGAGCUACCCCGCCGAGGGCGACGAGCUCGCCUUCGACGCCGUCCUGGAGCGCCCUGAUGACAGCGACGCCGUUCGCAGAGUAGCCUGCGUCACGUGGGGUACUGGUGUCGUGGCGGCACUUCGAGCGCGGAAGCUACUCGACGACGGCGUCGCUCUGGACGUCUUCGAGCAGCCGUGCCUGACGUGGUCGGCGGAGGGUCUCGCGACCGCCCUCGCUCCGUACGACGCCGUCGUCUUCGCCGACCCGUGCAAGCCGAACCAGUGCCCGCUCAUGCGGGUAGUGUCGGAACUGCAGGAGACGGACGCGAUUCCGCGACGAUGGCGCCUCGCGGCGGCCCAGCCGACCUACAACCCGCUCGGCCGCGACCUCACUUUUUUGUCGGCCGACGACGUCGCCGAGGCGGUCAAGACCGUCCAGCCGUUGUUGUUAUAAAUAUGUUUGUCUUA